AGAGGGAGAGUCUGCAUAGGUCAGGGAGACUGUGAUGGGGCCACAAUCGAGGUCCAUUCCUGCUCGCUGCAAGACUGCUGUCCUCAUGCUGGAGGCUGGGCACAAUGGAGCGCAUGGUCUCCCUGCUCUGUGACCUGUGAACGCGGAGAGAGGAAACGCACCCGGCAAUGCAAUAGUCCAACUCCAGUGUGCGGAGGGUCAUGUCCCAAUAAACCUGAAGAGGUUGAAAACUGUGACACCGCUAAAGUUUGCCCAACUCAUGGACAAUGGGGUAACUGGGAAGACUGGGGCCAAUGCUCCUCCGUUUGCAUUGUAGAAGGUUCUGGAAUAUUUCCAACUCAAUCCCGAUUCCGACAGUGCAACAACCCGAGUCCUUCAACCAGUCCUCCGGGAAAUCCAUGCCCAGGGAAAAAUCAAGACUCCAGAGAUUGCACUAGCCUUCCCUUUUGUCCAGUGGAUGGACAAUGGGGACCAUGGGAGAAGAAUUCAGAGUGCUCAGUCACCUGUGGCAUAGGACGGGAGGGGCAGAAGAGAUCUUGCAACAGUCCAGCUCCCAAGCAUGGAGGAAAUUAUUGUCUUGGAUCUCCUACCAGACAUAUUAUCUGCAAUACAGGAGAACCAUGUCCAAUUGAUGGGACAUGGACUGAUUGGAAUGAAUGGACAGAAUGCAAACGUCUUACAAAAGAUCUGGUUAGAUGUAAACAAAAAGUAGCGCUGCAGCAGAGGAAACGCCAAUGUGUUGGUACAAGGUUUGAAGGAAAGUGGUGUGAAGGGGAAGCCAGAGAAAGCCGAAAAUGCUACAACGUAGACAAAUGCAAG